CUAUUCAUGUGUCAUACAAUUGCAGGUUAACGUUAAAAUACAACAGCGAAAUCCUGGCGCAUGCAAUGCGAUGCUCUGUCACUCAGAUCACCUUCAGCCUCUUCACCAGGAUGAGUGCAGCGUCCUCUAUCUUGCAGCACCAAUGUGUGCAGUGUGCCAGUAAAGUAUCUGGGCAGCUUGUACAGUCAGACCAUGGACUCACCAGCGGUGAACUCCCUCUGUGUAGGGGCCGGGCCUCGUGUGGGAGCCUCCGCUAUGCAGAGAAGGGGCGGGGCCUGGACUCAUUUUAACGACUUCAGCUCCUCGCGAGCAAUGCGGUGUCAACGUUCUCGCUAUUCUGCCUCUUUUCGCCUCGGUUAUUCUGGGCUCUUUAGCGGCUCAACGCUAUCGUAUAUGUGUCGCUAGGAACUUGUAUGAUAAUAUUUUGAAAGAGGGAAUCGUAUUUCGGGAUAAAAAAAAAACUGCGUGUUUUUAUGAUGAAAUCACGUCGACCCAUUGAGGUAUUUUGCCCAUCUUUGUCAGACCUCGUCUUGGCUUCGUUUUCUUCUCGUUAGCUGCUCGUUCGGGCCGUCGUCUACAGCUACAGAGAGAGCUAGCUGCUGCUGCUAUAAUGUGGGGUAGGAGUGACUUUGAAGAUGGAUAUGAAUCUUAUAAAACAGGCUCUAGUUGCACCAGCAAUCCAGGAUGGGUGUCUCGCUGCGAGUCAGGGUGGCAAGGCAACCCCUCUGCUCCCAGCAACGGUAACCAAGCGCGACGCCACAGCACAGCAUCCGACAGCGGAGACACGGGCAUCGGCACCUCGUGCUCAGACAGUGUGGAAGACCAUUCCAGCUCCAGCACCACUCCGUUGUCCUUCCACCCACUAGUCCACCAUCGCUCUGCCCCAGGAGGGAGUUCCACUGGUACCCUUCCCACGGCACACGUCCUCCCCUCACCCUCCCCAUCCUCCUCGGGUUCGGCCAAGCUCAGCGUGGCGACCUCACCCGGCGGCGCCAGUCCUUGGAGCAGCCUCUGUCAGCUGUCGACGCCAGCCGCCUCCUCUCGGUCAGACCUGCCGGGGUCGCUGGACAUGAAGGACCCCCAGCCCAUCAGGAGGUGGUCGUCUCUGACCCGGCUCUCGGCGGGGACCGAGAGAAGCGCCGGCAAGGGCUUGGGCAGCCGCUGCAAACCGGAUCCCCACGGGUCUCUGGACAGAAAACUCCUACACGGGUACCGGCACGACUCUAUCGGGCAAGCGAACAUGGACGCGUAUCUCUCUACGUCGUCUCACUUCAACCCCCUGCUGCGCUCGCCCUGUGCCGCCGACCCACACUUGUGGUACGACCGUGGCGGGAGACCCAGCGGCGUCGGACAAGGAACGGAAUCGUCUCGCUCGUCCGCCCUGUCGUCUCCCCUCAAGCCCCGGAGCCUCGACCUGAACUACAGUGCCUUACCUGAGAGCAGGCUGGGACCAGGUGGUCCUGGCCACGGCUUCACCAAUCAGAGAGGCCUGUCCUUUGCCCAGCCGGCGGUGGGCGGCUCUCCCAUUCAGCCAGCCAUCAGAACUCAGAUGUGGCUGAGUGAGCAGAUGGAGUACAGGCCCGGCUCAGAGUUGGGCAAGGUUGGACCAGAGGUGGAAGGCGGAGCAGAGAGCAGUUUGCUAUUGGCAUGGCAACAAGAGCACCAGCACAGAGAGAGACUACGGCAGGAGGGCGAAUUGAACCAGAUGCUGUCGGGGACAUCGCUACCUGUCAACACUCUUGUGAAGAUUAAAGAGGGACUGCUAAGACAAAGGGAACUGGAGAUUGAUCGACAAAAGCAACAGAUCUUUCAACUCCAUGCUAGAAUCAGAGAAAAUGAGCUCAGAGCACAGCAGUUCCUUCACAACCAGAGGGAUCCGUCCGAUCAGCCCUACAUCCUCAAACCUAAGGAUCCUCUGCAUGAUUCAGUAUCAGUGAGCUUGAGUGGACCCCCGUCUGAAAGCCAGUGCUGCAACAGAGGAGAGCUGGGCAGGAAGCUGGCUGAUGCCCAACUCGAGGUCCUCCACCUCAACGAGUUCCUCAAGCAGAACACACAGAAAUACACAGAGGACAUCAAGAAACUGGAGGAGAAGAUGAAGACGAGGGAUCGCUACAUCAGCAGUCUGAAGAAGAAAUGCCAAAGGGAGACGGAGCAGAACAAGGAGAAGCAGCAACGCAUAGAGACCCUGGAGAAGUACCUGGCCGACCUGCCGUCCCUGGACCAGGCGCAGUCCCAGACGCUGCAGCUUGAAGAGGCGCAGAGAAAGGCUGAGGUUCUGGAAGAGACGGUGUCUCAGCUGGAGGAGAAUCUGGUGCAGGACGGGGCUCUGUUGAAACACAAGGACAGUGUGAUUCAGGCCCAGUCCCUCAAGGAGAAGGAGCUGAUGGCCGCUGUACACAGUUUGCAGCAGAAGGUGGAGCACUGUUUGAAGGACGGCGUGCGACUCCCUAUGUUGGACCUGAAGCACUUGGAGGUGGAGAACACCCAGCUGCUCAAGCAGCAGGAGCAGAGCAGCAAGCUGAUUGACCAGCAAAAGAAGCAGAUAGAGGGACUAUCUGUACAACUGACGAACCAAAGGCCCCCAGAAGACGGGUUGCCGGGGCGUCCGGCGGCGCCGGUCCACAUGCAGGACGUUAACCUGCUGCUGAAGGAGAUGUCCCUCUGCCUGCUGGACCUCAAGGCCCUCUGCAGCGUCCUGACCCAGAGGGCCCGGGGCCAGGAGCCCAACCUAGCCCUGCUGCUCGGGAUCAAAUCCAUGGGCUUCUCCGGGGAGGAGAACGAGGGCAGUGACGUGACGGAGGAGGACAACGUGCUGAGGGCCAAGGUGCAGGAGGUGAGCCAGCUGAGGAGCAACAUCGACGAGCUGCGGAGGACCGUCUCGGACCGCUACGCCCAGGACAUGGGAGAGAACUGUAUCACGCAGUGACCCGGCCCCGGGGCGGCCCGCCCCUUCUCCACACCGUUCUUUCCCUCCUUUUCCAACACGCCAGCAGAGGGAGCCACGCUUUCCUGAACCGAUCUGUUUUUCACAAUAUUUUUAGAAUAAUUCUUAUUAUUCUUAUUCUUGUUCUACAAACUUGGGCUUGACUUAAUAUCUAGCAUCUCCCAUCUACCUAUCUUAAACCAUGGUUCCAACAGUUUGGAUGAACACCAAAAAUGAGGAAAUCAAGCAUUAAUGGGAGGGAAGUUUGAAGCAGGUACAUGAACACGGAACAGUUCGUAGGUGUUGUACUGCUGCCGUGAAAGAGUGGUUUAUUGUCUUCAUGCCCUUCUGAUCAUUGGACCAAGCUUUAAAUAGAGUUCACAUGAAGCAGGCUUUGUUUUCCCCUGCAGGCAGGGAGUAUUGCGUUGUCACUUUCUCUUUUCUUGGCUUCCAUUUUGUUUUAAAUAGCCAGUGAACACAGUGUUUCAGACGAAAUACGAAUACUAUGUGAUUUAAAAGAAAUGCGCUUUGGGCUGAGGCUCUCAGACAUCAUGAAAAGAAGGCUGCCUGCUUCCGCAGCAGUGUGGCUCGUUCACAUAGUGUUGGGGAGAAUGGCAGAAACAAAGCCAGCUUUGGGUUCACUGGCUCUUUAAGGCGGGCUCUGGUUACCACGGAUGUCUGGUGACUCAUUGAAGAGGUUGUCAUUGUGUGGAGGUCCUUCGUCACUCAGAAUAUAUGUAUUUGCAACACAUCCCACAUGUCGCAGUCGAGCAGAAAUCCAAGUGCCUCCUUUUGAUUGAAGGUGAUCCUUCAGUGUUGACCGCAGAGACGAUGGCCAGAUUGUCAUUCUUUUCCCUGACAUCUGGUACAGAGGCUGGCCCCUGUUUUUGUUAAACAGAAUUAAUAUGUAUAUAGUAGCUAUAUCAAUUUAAAUACAAUACAAUAUAGAUCAUAUUGUCAACAUUUAAAGACCAAACAUGUUGGUUACACGUUUCCCAACCAAAUGUCAAAUGUAAUUGAGACGCUCAUAGAAUAGCAUAGCCAAGCUUAUUUUACACGCCCCAUUUAAGGGUUGCUGAAAUGAGAAACUCCCACCAUAUUCAUUGAAGGGUAACUAGAACUCACCCAGCAAAGCACAAACCACCACCGGAAAGUAAAAUGUCAUGCAUGAAUCAUAUCCAUUUCAAGAGACCGAUAUUAACAGAUCAUAUGAAGGUCACUCAGAGGUUGUUAACACACAACUCUAAGACCUGAGAGUCAUGAAAGACAUUUUUUAAAUAAGCUAGCCAUAAAGGUUUCAUUGUAGGGCGGGAGGUUACUCGAUGCCAUUGAGAAGUGUUGUAAUAACACACCUGUGGUUGAUCUACGAUAAUGCAAUUUGAGUGCAAAAUCUGAGGCAUGAUGGAUUCCCCCAACCAAUCAGGGAGGCCUUUUAAAGUGCGUCUAGGGCGAUUGGCUCACAGGCCCCCUAGUCGACGGACAUCUCGGCCACUCUGGUCUUCUUCAGGUUAUGUAUCUCUGUCACUUGCAGUAUCAUGCGAAUGGUGCCUCCCAUGUAAGGAGAAAAAGUACGCUAUGCAAAAAACAGGAGAACCCCAUGUUGUGUGAUUGGACCUUUGUUCGGUUCUCAGAUCGAUGAAACAAAACAAGAUAAAGGUUGGAUGGGCCUUAAAACCAGACAACAUUUUGUUGCUUUUAUUGGUGCGGGGACAAAGCCUGAAGACGCACGGUUGGUCGAAAUGUGGAAGCAAGCUCCAGAAAUCAUCUGGUGGAAAUACUUUUAUUACAAAAUAAGUGAUUUCUAGAUAAAGCCAGAAUAGUCUUAAAACUCAGCAUUUCUUCAUGUUAAUGCAUGGAUGGAGUGAAAUUUCAUGAAAGGACAGCAUGUGGGCAUAAUAAUAAAUAAUGGGCGUCGCAGGUCGACCUCUUUAAUGACCAUCACAUUAUUACUGAACUCGUAAAACAAACCUUUCGUGAAUUUCUGUAAGCAGAACUUAAAGGGAAUUCCUUUUUUUGUGCGUUUGUCUGGGUUAUGUUUAAAUAUUCCAAAUUAACUUAAUCUACAAUAUAGUGGUGGGUAUGUGGAAUAGUUAAGUGUAGUAGUUAAUGUGGGAUAAUUAAUUUAGGAUGGUAAUUACAAACACAGACUAAUUAAACCACACACUCCAAUGAAACCACACUUCGGCACAGCCCCUCCCGGCGGCUUUGCUGAAUAAAUGUAAUAGAUGAUUCAUUCCCUCGAAACAUUCAAUAAUUUUUAUAUUUAGUAUAAUGUCUAAAAAUUGCAUUCCACACCACAUGACCACCAGGUCAUAUUCUUCUUAAUUUAUGCCAGAGUACAGUCUUCAUUUAUUCUGCAAUAUGCCUCCACGCGUGAAAACAGUCUUGAAUAUAACUUGACAUAUUUCAAACCUCUUCCUCAGCAAUAUUAACUCGUGAAAUAUACCAUGGACCUGUUCCUUACUAUAUUUCUAUGACCUUGGUCGUUGCUUAUUAAUGACCUAGUUCAGGUAAAAUUCAGGUCUCUACAUUUAUGUUCUAACAGCAGGUCUCUUUUUUGUACAGUUUAUAACCCUUUUAUCUCUUUCUGUGCUCUGGUGUGCGCUGAAGCCAUGGCACAAAGACAACCCAUCACAGGCUUUUAUGUGAAGCAAGAGGGCUAUGGACUGGUUCAAGCUAAAUAAUUACUUCCUUCUUUUGACAAACCAAAUAAGCAGACCUUGCUGUAUGAAACGUUACGUAACAACGAAAAGUAGUCCAGACUUGGAGAGUAAGCGUUUAUUCAUAAUAUUGGGCACCGAAUGUGGAGGAUGAGUGCAUAAUGCAUCAAUGUUUCCUGGACCACCAAUCUCCUGUCAUCGUGUACUUUACAGUUGGGUGAUUAUUAUGUUAAAAUAGCGCAUCAAUGCCUAUUUUCCCUGAAUGCCCAAGAGGAACAGACGGGACGUUACAGAAGUGUUUUUUGUUUACUUGAGGAGCCAUUUUGGACAUGUAUACAGAAAAUAGUGGCAGACCAUUUUGAGCUUUACUAUAUAUUAAUUUAUGUUGCCUAAUGUUGGUGUUUACCAUUCCAAAUAUGUUUUUUCCAAAGUGAUGACUUGAUUUAAAGGAAAACCAAAACCCUCCUGUUGUGGGAGACAAUGUUUCUAAGGGCGGAGCUAUAGUGCUGUUCAGGGUUCUGCUCUCUUGUACAAGCCCCUCCCACGCUACAAUUUAGAUGUGGGGUCGGGCGGUGUACCCCCAAAAUGGCCAAUUACGGAUAACUCGAUCAAAAGCAGGCAUUUAACCCAUCCAAUCCUUGAAACUGUAACCUAUCUGUAAUAAGUAUUAUUAGGGUAUGGUUUUCCUUUUAAGUUGAUAAUAGCAAGUCUUAAUGAUGUGUAAUUGAAACACAAUAUUGUUCUGUGUUAGAAUCGACGUUGAUUGAUUUAUAGAGAUUUUUUAGGUACAUGACUUUAUCUAUGCAAUUUUAAACAUUAACCAGCGCAGGUCAUGUGCAGGCAAAUACAAUAUAAGGUAUUCUCCUGUGCCUUGGCUGUCAUGGCUCUCAGUCAAUUGGAAUUAUGAAUACUCUUUCAUGUCCCCUACUGCAUAGAUUGAAAACUAUCGUGCUUACAUGCUGAUGUGUAUGUUAUAAUUCCUCACUCUUAAGCUUCAGUAUACCAACUUUAACAUUUCGCAAAAUGUUUUUACUGUUACAAAAAGGUUAUAUUGUAAAGAUUAUUCUUGUUCUUUUAAGAUGUUGAGGUUGUAUAACCAUGUCUCAUUGUAGACAUGGUUAUGUGGUUAAUCGAGAGGAAUCAAUAUGAUUGCUCAAACAUAUGCCCAAAAGAUGCUUAACAACAAAGGGAAGAUCAGCAAAGCUUUGUGGUGAAGCUGAAGAAUGUUCUUGGUGGUUAUUGCACUGCAGAUUAACAAUGUAACUUGUGUGGGUUUAAGUCAAUGAUAAGUAAAUUGAUUAAUUGGAUGCCUAAAGCAAACUAUAUUCUGCAAAUGACUGUAUGAAGCUUGUAGGGACACGCAAUUAGAAUAUAAUCAUCUACCUUUCAGAUCAGAUCCAUUGUAAGGAUAAAGAAUAAUGUUUUUUUUAUUAUUAUUAUUUCCAAGGAUAUUGUACCACUCGUUAUCUUUUGGUUUCCCUCUGUGUUAUUUUGUCAUCAUUUUGGUGGUAAAUGCUUUUCCAAUCUGGGAAGCAAUGCUACCAAAAGCUCAAAAUCAAAAGACAAAGUAUUGGGCUGGCUAUCUCAAUGCACUGCUGUCUGUUUAUGUGGACUAUACAUAACGAAGCCAGUAAAUGGCUUCUGGAAUUGUAUCUAUAGAAAUAUCUUGGUCAUAUUGUAUUGUUUUAAGCUUGUUUAUGAAUGCCAAAGUUCUAUUUAUAUACAAUGAUAUUCCUAAAUAGUAUUAACAGGUUUUGUUUAGUUUAUGUUUUUUCAAAAUGUAAACAGUUUGUUUUGGGUUAUUUGUUAAAAAUAAAUAUUUUUUCUACAGUU